ACUUCAGUGUACCCCUAGCAGCGCGGGAGGACGCGCGCGUCGUGUUGGAAAAAUUUCGAUCGGAGUCACAUGUAACGCGAUGGAUGUCCUGCCGAGCGGCAACUUGUUCCGGGAGCUGCAGCACGUGACGGACACUGGCUACUUCGAGUACAAGGUGUCCCUGGAAGACAACUGGCAACAGACAUGUUACGAGAUGGCGAGAUACCUCCGCGAGGAGCCGCGGGGCAGGAAACGCGACCCUCCCCAGGAGGAGGAGUGGGCGAGGUCGGCGACCUCCUCGCCCCCCUCCCCGCCCUCGCCCCCCACCACCACGCAUAUGUUCACCAUCACCGCGGUCAAGAGCGAGCCGCCGAGCGAGGACGAAGAACCUAGACUAGAUGAGCUGCCGCCGAGCCCCGCGCCGCCAAGUCCAGCGCCAGUGCGUCGCGCGCACCCGCCGCGCCACCUCGUCCACGCGCACGCGGCCGACCCCCGCCGCCGCGUCCAUCGCUGCGAGUUCCCGGCCUGCGACAAGGUUUAUACCAAGAGCUCCCACCUAAAAGCGCAUAAACGCACCCAUACAGGAGAAAAGCCGUACAAAUGUUCGUGGGAAGGCUGCGAAUGGCGAUUCGCUCGCUCGGACGAGCUGACGCGCCACUAUCGCAAACAUACGGGCGCGAAACCCUUCCGCUGCCGCCACUGCGAACGCUGCUUCUCGCGCUCCGACCACCUCGCGCUGCACGCGAAACGUCAUGCGUAGCCCGAACAACAGCCGCCCGCUCCAAAGAAACGUAACCGCAAUCGCAAACGCGCGAACAAGUAAAGGGUUACGUUCAAGACGGGCGCGCGUCUCCAAGUGAUUCCGUUUAUAAGUUGUUGUGAGUUGUGAUCCACGAAAUUGAACGUUGUGAUGCGACUAGCGUUCUUUUCGCUUAGUGUUUUGUUGAGGCGCGCGCUCGGCGGGCGGGCGCAGCGUCGCUUACCAAAGAAUACUGCUACGUGACGUAGCCGAGUCAACACUCAUUACACCUAAUGCUUUAAAGUUAUUUUUAUGUUUAUAUUAACAAAGCGAAAUUGAAAAAUCUCUUAAAUGUUUCGGCACCGGCCUUUGUAUCGUUACCGUUCUUUGUUACAAUGAGAUAACGAUUUAUAUUCGCCGUUGUUUAUUAUGUAAUGUUUUGUAAGCUUUAUGUACAGAGAGGUUUUUUUUUAUGUGGUUCGGUCGCAAAGCGGCUGGGCCUCGAGAGUUGUGCCAUUGUCGAAGGGGGCGCGCGGGCUGAUUUUUUCUAUUUGUGGCGAGGCGGGCCUGCGCGCAUUCUUUUGAUCUGCAUUUUCAAAUCACGUGACAUAUUAUUUAUUCGUUCGCGUAAUGUUCGGCGGCGCUCCCACCGAAGCCGAGCACAAUCUUUAGUUUAGGCUUACGUGCGUCGCGUUACCUGAUGUUAGUCUCCAUCUCGGACGGGUCACUCGCUUCGAGUAUAUAUAGAUAACAUCACAUAAGGUUGUCCCAACUGAAUAUUAGAUCGCAGGGUUGUAGCCAAUCGCAUAUAGUAAGUAGGUUUAAUUGAUAAAUUCAAAUGUAUUGUGUCAAAAAUUACAUUUAAGGUAUCUCAUAAUACAUAAUAUGGUAUUAACGUGGUUUUACAUAAUAUAUAUAUAUUAAUUCUAUUUUUUUUUAAUAUUCAUACCAAGAAUUUAUUUACAUCCUAUUAUUUAUUGUCGUAUUAAUUAACGAGUGGCCCUUCCUAGGUUUCGACAAAAAGGAUGUUUAUUUUUUAAUAUGUUUAUUAGUUAAGGUUGAAUACAGAUUUAUUUAGGUUUAAAAACAAGUCUUUAUAUAUAAAUUGAUUAGGAUGAAUGCGUUCGCAGUCCUGUGAGCCAUUGUGGUCUGGACUACAUGUUGCUGUAUUGUGGAACUCGUUUAGAAACAGUUGUCUAGUGAAAAUGAUUGUAAGUUGUAGUUCCAUGCCACACGGACUUAUAUGGAUGUCGUCAAAAGGAGGCACUCAAAAGUCUUAGUUAAAAAUUAAAAAAAAUAUAUUAAUAAAACUAUACACUUUGCACUUUUUGAAACCCAAAUUAUGAUAAAUCAUAAGUCAAUUUACUAUUUAUUUUAAGCUCAUUACUUUUUCAUUCCGAUGUAUUGAAACUAAAAGCUUUUCCAUUUGUGAGCUUUAAGAGACAUUUUAUCGUCUUUGCACACUUCUUUUUAAAAAAAAAAAUUAGUACCUACCUACCUACGUCUACAGGGACAUCAUGGCGCAUGGUAAAAACAAAACUAAAUAAUAUAUUUUAUCGAAAUAUUUUUGUGCAACAAACUGUGUAAUAUAAAUUAUUUGCUUGAAGUUAUUAUAAAUUAUCAUUCUUAUCGUCGUCAUUCGUGAACUCUAAAUGUAAGUGCGCACCAGCUUAGCAAGUUGAUUCUAUAACGCAGUCGCCAUUUUUAUUUGUAAAUUUCUUUACAAUUCGUGAGGUUUUUGUAUGCUUUAUGUUUGAGAGCGUUUGGAAUCGCUCGAAGAGUUUUAGUGAAAAAAAUAUCUUUACGAUUUAAUUAUUUUUUAACAACUAUUUAUUUACAAGUAAUUUUUUAUUUAUAACAGUACCUUAUAUAUUUAACAAUGUCGUAAUAAGUAUCAUAUGAUUUUGUUUUAAUUUUCCAAAUUAGCGCUUUAUAUUGCGGGGAUAUAGGCUUCUUUUCAGGAAACUUAGGAAAGUUGUCUGUAUAGCCAAUUCUCCCUGUUAUCUAACUAUAGUAUGAGAAUUUAUGAUUACGACUUUAGUUACAUCGUAAAAAUGUCAAUUUAAUAUAAUAAUCGCGUGAUCAGAUCAAAGAUUAUUUUCAAGUACAUGUAAUUU